UGUAUUAAAUGUCCCAAUUCUUACAACCAACCAUCUUAUUAUUGAGAGAAGGCACAGACACUUCAUAAGGAAGAGCUUAAAUAGUGUCUAACAUCAAUGCUGUUUAAGCUGUGGCUGAUGUGGUAAAAAGCACACUUGGCCCAAGAGGAAUGGAUAAAAUGAUUUAGACUGGUCCAAAAGUUACCAUUUCUAAUGAUGGAGCUACAAUUCUAAAUUUACUAGAAGUUGUCCAUCCAGCUGCUAGAGUAUUGGUCGACAUUGCCAAAUCCCAAGAUGAUGAAGUUGGUGAUGGUACAACAUCCACAACAUUGUUGGCUGCAGAAUUGCUAAAAGAAGCCAAACCAUUUAUUGAAGAAGGAAUCCAUCCACAAAUAGUGAUCUAAGGAUAUAGAAAAGCUUUGGAAUUAGCAUUAGAAAAAUUAGAAGGAUUCUCAAUAAAUAUUUCUCGAGAUUCUCCAGAAGAUAAGAGAGACACUUUAUUGAAAUGUGCUUAAACAGCUUUGAAUUCAAAAUUAGUAUAAUAAUAAUAAUUAAUAUUAAUUAGUUAGCCAAUACUAAAUAAUUCUUUAGUGAAUUAGUUGUAUCAGCAGUUGAGAAGUUGGACCCAAAUAUUUUAGAUAGAGAUUUAAUUGGAAUUAAGAAUGUCACAGGAGGAAGUGUAACUGAUUCAUUUUUAGUUGAUGGAGUUGCAUUCAAGAAAACAUUUUCAUAUGCUGGUUUUGAAUAAUAACCAAAGAGAUUUGAAAAUCCUAAAAUUUGUUUAUUAAAUUUAGAAUUAGAACUUAAAAGUGAAAAGGAAAAUGCAGAAAUUAGAAUUGAAAAACCAGAAGAAUAUCAAUAAAUUGUAGAUGCUGAAUGGGCUUUGAUUUAUGAAAAAUUAGAAAUUAUUGUUAAAGCAGGUGCCUAAAUAGUAUUAUCAAAACUUCCUAUUGGAGAUUUAGCUACACAAUAUUUUGCUGACAGAAAUAUCUUUUGUGCUGGAAGAGUUCCUUAAGAAGAUCUUCUUAGAGUUUAAAAAGUAAUUAAAUCAAUUAUUUAAAUCAGGCUACUGGAGGUUAAGUAUAAACAACUGUAAAUGGUUUAAAUCCAGAGACAUUUGGUACAUGUGGAUUAUUCGAAGAAGUUUAAGUUGGAGCAGAAAGAUAUAACUUAUUUAAAAAUUGUCCAUAAGUAUUAUAAUUAUAAAUUAUAAAUCUUAGUCUAGAACAGCAACAAUAGUUUUAAGAGGUGGAGCAGAAUAAUUUAUUUAAGAAGCUGAAAGAUCUUUAAAUGAUGCUAUUAUGAUUGUCAGAAGAUGUUUCAAAGCCAAUAAAAUUGUAGCUGGAGGAGGUGCUAUUGAAUUAGAAUUGUCUAGAUAUCUUAGACAUUAUGCUAGAUCUGUGACUGGCAAAACAUAAUAUAUUGUUAAUUCCUAUGCUAAAGCAUUAGAAGUUAUUCCAAGAACUAUUGCUGAAAAUGCUGGAUUAAAUUCAAUUGAAAUUAUGAAUAAACUUAGAUAAAGACAUGCUCAAGGUGGAGAAGAAGGUAGAUGGUAUGGAGUAGAUAUAAAUGGAUAAUCAGGAGUCUGUGAUACACAUUCUUCUUUUGUUUGGGAACCCAGUUUAGUCAAAAGAAAUGCUCUUUGUUCAGCAACAGAGGUUUUUAUUUAUAUUUAUUUGAAAGGCUGCAUGCGCAAUUUUAUCAAUUGAUGAAACAGUUAAAAAUCCAAAAUCUGAUUAAGAUACAAAAAUGAAACCUAGAGGAUAACCAGGUAGACCUCCUAUGGGAAUGAGAAGAUGAAU